AUGCUUCUAUUGUUGUUGGUAGUUCAAAAAAGUUAUGGGAUUUCAAGUCCUCUUCAAUCAUUUACUAGUUAUCGAUAUUCAACUGAACUUCAACGUGAUGUAGCUGAUCUUUGGUGGACAGUAGAUGAAACUAAACAAGAAAUUACUUUUGAAUUACAUAUUAAAACAACAGGAUGGAUCGCUUUGGGUAUUAGUCCAGGUAUAUAUUAUUUGUUUUUAAAUAAUUUCUUUUUUCAUUUCAAACUUUUCGUUCUUUUGUCACAUAAAGCUGGUGGAAUGAAAGGUGCCGAUAUUGGACUUGGAUGGGUUGAUAAAGCAGGUGACGUUCAUUUUCAAGAUCGAUAUGCAUAUGGUACCUCGCGGCCAGUAGUUGAUAACACCACAAGGGAUUGGUUUGCAUUAAAUGGUCGUGAACAAGACGGUUGGACAGCUAUUCAAUUCAAACGUGCUCUUGAUACUUGUGAUACAAUGGAUGUUCCAAUUAGAUCUGGUACUAAUAUUCUUAUCUUUGCCUAUGGUCUUGAUGAUCCUGAUAUGUCUCAAUCAGAUGGUUUAAUUUAUUAUCAUGAUAAACGACGAGGUUCACGAAUUCUUCCACUUCAAUCUUAUGGCAAUCCACCAGCAGAAGAAAAGUUCGCUGAUCUUGACCAUUUUGAGUUCCGAUUGAAAGACUAUGUUGUACCAGCAGAUGACACGACUUAUCAUUGUAAAAUCUACAAAGCACCAACCAAUUUUUCACAACGAAGACAUGCAAUUGCACAUAAAACAAUAAUUGAUCCAAAUAAUCGAGAUCUUGUUCAUCAUUUAUUGUUGUAUGAAUGUAAUCCUACAGCUGUCUUCGAUGAUAACAAUUUACCAGAUGGUUUAUGUGAUGAAAUUAUGCCAAAAAUUGCUGAAUGUGCUUCAAAUAUUGCUAGUGGAUGGGCUGUUGGUGGUGAUGAUAUAGUAGAAUUUCCAGAGAUUGGUGGAUAUCCAGUAGGUGGUGGUUUUGAGAUAAAAUAUUACAUGGUUCAAAUGCAUUAUGAUAAUCCAAAGCUAACAUCUGAUCGUCGGGAUAAUUCAGGCAUUCGAUUUUAUCUGGGAAAAGAACUUCGUCAACACGAUCUUGGUUAUCUUACUUUUGGCGCAGAUUCAAGUUAUACCUCUAUUGCUAUUCCGCCAAGAGCUGAUCGAUUUAUAGUCGAUUCGUAUUGUCCAGCCAAUGCUACAAAAAUAAACAUUUGUACGGCCGAUUUUCGACGUGAUGAACAAGAUCGUUUUUUUGAUAUACAGCAAAUUCCUUUGCUUAUUCCAUCAUUUAAUGAAUCAUUAUUUUUUUUGAAUUUUAUUCGAUUGUAUAUUAUGGGCGAUAGUGUCCUACAAAUAAUUAUCCGCACCAUUGAGAUCGAGAUUGUUUGGUGGCAAUCAAUGAUUGUUUAUAAAAAUGCAUGGAAAUCUCUUUACAGCAUGUCAAUGAUUCCUGAUGAGUAUGUAACAUGGCCAUGUCUUGUUGAUGGAUGA